AAUCAAUAAACGAAUCUAUACCCAUUUGUUUUUCUCAUGGCAAAGAGCCAAGAGGCACACAAAUGAGAAAGCCAAGUUGAGGAAGUCAUUCCAUAAGAAUUGAAGGAACAUGCAAAAGCAAAACAAAUCUGUGGCGAUACCACCCCCGACCCAUGAUUUUCAAACCCUCUUUUUGGGCAUUUAUUCCUGUGGUCUAUCUUCAAUUCUACCUUUUCUUUUCUGGAAUAAUCUUUUUUAAAUAUAUAUUUGGUUAAUUUUUCAUUUUACAUAUAUAUUGUUAACUUGUUAUAUAUGUGCUGAUUAAUGAGCUGCUAUAGUUGAAAUCCAUCCCAGCUUCUUGAGUUCACAUGCACCAUUAGUUUACUCCGCUCUAUAAAUACACACUAUCCUUUUGUCUCUCAAGUUCUCAAUUAUCUUAUCAAUAUCCUUCUUGCCUUCUCUCUUACAGGAAACUUAAAAAGAGAAAAAAGAAAAAUGGUUAAGCUUAAGGUUGCCACCCUGUUUAUCCUGGUAACCCUUAUCCUCAGCUCCACCGCGCCGCUAACCUACUCCGCCCGCCACGAGCCAGGCUUUUCUAUUGGCUCCUUGGCCAAGGACCAACAACAGGAUGUUGAUGAGGCAGAGGUGGUAGAAGAAAGCUGUGAAGGAGCUGGAGAAGAACAGUGCUUGAUGAGAAGGACACUUGCUGCUCAUAUAGAUUACAUCUACACGCAGAAGCAUAAACCAUGAGACUGUUAAUUGUUUUAUUAUCUUAUUAAUUACUACAUAUAAAUAGAGAUUAUGUAAUAUAAUUAGUAAAAAAUAAUAUUUCCUUUA